UCUCUCUCUCUCUCGUAUAUAAAAUAAAUUUCAUUUCAUUUUAGGUCUAUUAUAUACCUCUUGUGUGAAGAUUCUGAGGCAUUCAAUCCCUCGUAUGGUUGACGCGAGUAAUACAAGUGAACUGAUCCUCGACUGUGAGUACGUAUACGACGCCAACGAUCUAAUGCUUGUCGUCAAAUGGUUUCACAACAAUUCACCCGAACCUAUAUAUCAGUGGAUUCCCGACCGGGGGGUCAGAUAUGUGGGCGAACUCUUGAGACAACGGUUUGAUAUGAACUUUUCGGUCAAUCCCAACGAUAUAUACUCCAAAUUCCGAGCCCUUAAACUCCGAAACAACAUUACCGUCGAUCUGAACGGCAACUUCUCGUGUGUCGUCACAUCACUGGCCGGUCAGGACGGAAGACAGGGACAAAUGGUUGUUUAUGUAACCAAAGGUGACCGCGAGCUCGAGUGUCAGGCCAAAGGUGUAUAUCCGCGGCCUUUACUCACUCUAUCGGAGCAAACGACCACCAGCUCUAACUUUCAUGUCUUUCCCAAAGUCAAUGUCACAACUCAUCAAAAUUCCGACACACAGUAUUUUUCAGCCACACUCCGACAUACGCCACACCAGUCCUCACAUACGGGCACUAUAUUUGAAUGCAAACUAGAAAUCCCUCAAACAAAUUACAUCAGAAGGAAGAGAAUCAGAAUCUUCUUCCCGUCGAGUAAGUCAUCUCAAAAA